ACAAUGCAACACCGGAAAUGACAUACAGAGAGAGAGAGAGAAAGAGGGAGACCGACAGGUGAUAACUUUUCUACACCAGGUGUCGCUACAGAUUAACCAUGGCUGCAUCAACGUCAUCAGAUAGUUCAUUGAAAGUGACUGUAGCCUCUAAAGUACCUUUUGCUGAUCUGUGUUCAACAAUGGAAAAAAUACAGAAGAAUAAGGCUAGGGCAGAUAAGAAUAAGUUUUUCCAAGAUUUUCUGGAAUCAUGGAGAAGUUUUCAUAAUGCUCUUCACAAAAACGAUCCAAAUACGACUGAUUCCUUCUACCCGGCAAUGCGUCUGAUUCUCCCCCAGAUGGAAAGGGAGAGAAUGGCAUAUGGAAUCAAAGAGACAAUGCUUGCAAAGCUUUACAUUGAAGUUCUUGGAUUGUCAAAAGAUGGUAAGGAUGCCCUGAAACUCCUAAACUAUAGAGCUCCCACUAGCUCACAUGGUGGGGUGGGUGAUUUUGCUGAGAUUGCAUUUUUUGUGCUGGCGCAGAGGUGUUCAGAUCAGUGUACGCUAACUGUUCAGGAGGUAAAUGAGCACUUAGACUCUAUUGCACUGAACAAUUCUGCCAAGAGAAAAAAUCAAGUGAAAAAGAGUCUGCUGGACUUAAUUAGACAAAGCACAGCACUCCAACAAAAAUGGCUUAUCCGUAUGAUCUUGAAAGACAUGAAACUAGGCAUCAGUCAACAAACUAUAUUUCAGUUAUUCCAUCCAGAUGCAGCUGAACUGCACAGUGUGACGACGGACUUAGAAAGAGUUUGCAAGCAACUUCAUGAUCCCAAUGUGUCCCUCAGUGAUGUUUCCAUCAUGUUGUUUUCUGCAUUCAAACCUAUGCUUGCUGCUGUAACCAACAUAAAAAAUAUUGAAAAGCAAAUGCACAAUCAGAGUUUCUAUUUGGAAACUAAACUUGAUGGGGAACGCAUGCAGCUUCACAAAGAUGGAGAUGUUUAUAAGUAUUUUUCUCGUAAUGGCUAUGAUUAUACCCAGCAGUUUGGUACUUCUCCGUUGGUGGGAUCCUUGACACCAUUCAUCCAUAGAGUUUUCAAGCCCACAAUACAGAACUGUAUUCUUGAUGGAGAGAUGAUGGCCUAUAACCCCACUACCCAAACCUUCAUGCAGAAAGGAAACAAGUUUGACAUCAAAAGAAUGGUGGAAGAUUCAGACCUACAAACCUGCUUCUGUGUCUUUGAUGUAUUAAUGGUAAACGGAAAGAAGCUGGCACAUGAGACUCUCCGCAAUAGACACGAGACUCUUCAAGCAAUUUUUACACCAGUGCCAGGUCGUGUGCAAGUUGUAGAGAAAAUUGAAAUGAAUACCAAAAAGGAUGUGGCUGAUGCUUUGAACGAAGCUAUAGAUAAAAGAGAAGAAGGAAUUAUGGUGAAGGAUCCUUUGUCAGUUUACAAACCAGACAAACGUGGUGAAGGCUGGCUAAAAAUUAAGCCAGAAUAUAUUGAUGGCUUGAUGGAUGAGCUUGACAUCUUAAUUGUUGGUGGUUACUUUGGUAAAGGUCAUCGCGGUGGAAUGGUGUCUCAUUUCUUGUGUGCUGUUGCUGAACCUCCAUCACCUGGUGAUAAACCAUCAGUCUUCCACUCUCUUUGCCGUGUGGGUUCUGGUUAUACAAUGAAGGAGCUGUACGACUUGGGAUUGAAACUAGCAGAUCAUUGGAAGCCUUACCACAGAAGAGACGCACCAGCAAAUAUUUUAUGUGGCACUGAAAAGCCAGAAGUCUACAUUGAGCCUUGUAAUUCUGUCAUUCUGCAAGUCAAAGCGGCUGAAAUUGUGAAGAGUGACAUGUAUAAAACAAGCUGUAGCUUGCGCUUUCCCCGAAUUGAAAGGAUCCGAGAUGAUAAAGAGUGGUAUGAAUGCAUGACUCUGAACGAUUUAGACCAGCUUCAAAAUAUGGCAGAAGGGAAACUUGCAUCCAAACAUGUUGACAUGAAUGACGAAGAACCACAUAAGAAAAAGCGGAAAGCUGUUCCAAAGGUCAAAAAGGUUGUUGGCAUUGCGGAACAGUUCAAGGGCCAAGAUCUGUCGUGUGUGGACAAAGUGUCCAGCAUUUUUGAUGAUGUUGAAUUCUGUGUCCUGAAUGGUCCUCAUAACCACCCUAAAGCUGAUCUGGAGAAGGGAAUAGCUGAAUGUGGAGGAUUGGUCGUGCAGAACCCCGGACCAGACACAUACUGUGUUGUUGCUGACACAGUUAAUGUUCGUGUCAAAAACCUUAUUGCUGCAAACACACAUGAUGUGGUGAUGGUUGACUGGUUGCUAAACUGUUUGCAAAAGAAGCAGAUUUUGCCAUGGCAACCUAAACAUAUGAUUCACAUGUCACCUUCCACAGAAGAACAUUUUGCCCAGGAAUAUGAUCACUAUGGUGACAGCUAUUUUGUCAACACUGAUGAAAGCCAGCUUCGGGAGGUGUUCAAAAGGAUGGAUCAACCAGAACAGAAGUUCUCUUUUGAAACUAUUGCAGACUUAGAACAGCGAUAUUCAUGGGACACGUCACCUCUGAGCAUGUUCAGACAUUGUGUCAUUUACAUGGAUAUGGACUUCCCUUCUGCCAUAAGCGAUCCCAACAGUCAGAUACGUGACACAAGCUUAGAUUUAAGGGCCUUGGAGCUGCGGUAUUAUGGGGCAAAAGUCGUCGGAGAACUGAAUGAAGGUGUCUCACAUGUGGUCAAACAUGAUCGUGGCCAACAUCUCCAAAAACUGAAAUCUCUCAGGAGAACCUUUGAAAGGAAGUUCAAGAUUGUGUCAGAGUCGUGGGUAACUGAUUCUGUGAAAGCAGGAAUUGUGCAGGAUGAAAGAAAUUACCUUCUAUAGAACAAUUUUUAAAAAAAUCAAAGGAAUAAAUCCAUCAGGAAAGUGUUAAGUGAACUUAUUCAGAUCCACAUCUGACAGAACAUUCAGAUCAAAGGCCAAGGUAAUGGACACAGUUACAAGCACUCUCCAAACUGCCACACUGAAAUAGAGGUGGUUUUAUUUUUAAUUACUUAAUUCCCUAUUUUGCUUUCUAUACACAAAACAAGCAGCAUGGAAUGGUAAGAGAUGAAAAAAUGUGAUGAUAGAGAUUCGCAUUUAGUUUUGUUUCAGAAAACAACUUUGCUUUUUCAUUAUUCAAACAGCAUUUCUAAAAUAUACAGUGUGCCUUGCACCAAGAGUUUGCAGUGUACAUAGCAAAGAUUUAAUAUAAUUCCUCAGUGACAGUCACAAUUAAAUUAUUAAUUCAUGAGAAAAUAAAUCUGCUUCAUGAUUGAUAUAGAAAUUGUAUCAAAUGUAAAUUAAUAUUGUGCUUAUGUAUUUUUAAAUAUUUUGUAUAUGACUUUUAAACUGUUUUAUGGUAUAUGCUGGAAAACGUCCAAAUGAUUUCUGGUACAGGGAAAAUAGAGUGGGUCAAAUUGAAACAUGGUAUGAAAAUUAAAAUUGGCAGG